CAACUAAACUAAAUCGCUUCUCUAUUCUUUUUCUGCAUUGUUAUUGCUGCUGCGUCAGUCAUCCAUUCAUCUCAUUCUUCUGGUUGACAUCAUCCAUUCCAGUGCUUUUCGUUCACUUUAAAGAACAACAAGAAGAUGGCGGACAACGACCCGGAGGAUGAAGACGGCCACAACAAUAAUAAUAAUGAGAAUGAAAGUGGCAUCAUCAGUGUCCAUUUCGCCCGCAAGCUGUGUCACAUUGCCUGCAAUUGCGAGAACAUUGCCACUUCUCUCGUGUUGGAUCUGGAUCUUUUGACAUCCACCCAGGCGGCCGAAUUGGCAGGAGAUGCCCUCAGGCGGAACAAGUCCAUCAAAUACCUAAAAGUCCAUGUCCAUGAAACCAUUCACUUUUCCAUAGAGAGUCUGAAGGGUCUGUUUGACUUUGUAUCGAAGAACCCCUCCUUGACAACCCUCAAUAUCAUUGCCGAAGAAGACGUCGAACGCAACGCGUGUGACAUUGGUCAAAAACUGCUACAGGCUGCCGAACACAACAAGACGAUUCAACGCAUCCGGAUUGAAGGCAACUUUCUAGCGCAUGAACCGGCACAAUUCAAAGUACCCGAACACAUUCGCGAGUUUGCAACGUUUGACAUUUCCGACGGUCUCGCUCCAGCAUGGCCGUCACACCACAACAUGGAGAUUUUGCGGUUGCGGCAAAACAAUCCCAUUCCUGGAACUCCGUUCUUUCCGCAUACAUUUGAAAAGCUCUUACAAGCACCCGAAUCCAACAAAAUUCAGCAAUUGCACAUUGAAGGAUGGAACGCAGCCGUUCCGUCCUUUUUGGCAUCCAAGAAUUCCUCCCUUUCCAGACUGGUCAUGGGAGAACUCGAUUUCCGGCACUCGGAAGCCUUGGGAUGCUCCAUUAUUGAUGGACUACUGUGGGGUCUCAUGCAAAGCCACACUACCACAAAAAUCAGUUUUGAAGAAUGCAAGUUUGACCGACACGCCAUUGUCAAGCUCGUCAAUGCCAUCACUUCCAACUGGUUGCGGAUACAACACUUGGACUUUAUUGAUGGCAUGGAGAAUGCCGAAGGAGAACAUAUCCAGAGUCUCUUGGAAUGUCCGUCGCUGGAAGCACUAGGACUCCUCAUUGAUGAAAUUGAUACGCAUACACAAUUCAUCGAGAACGGCAUCCAAAAGUGUUCGCUGUCCAGUCUCAAAAUCACGACUGGAGAAGACAUCUUUUGCAUCUUGGGGUCGGCAUUGGGAUCCGCCAUGAGUACUCGCAAUCUGACAGCCUUGGAGCUUUGUUGGUGUCAGUUUGAAGAGGCCGAUCUGGAUUGCUUGAUCGGUCUCAUCACCUAUCCAGCCUGUCAGCUGCGCAUGUUGACGUGGGCCAAUUGUCGUGAUGGCACGGAAGUUGCUGUAGAAGCAGGGAUCUUUGCCGCGCUCAAAGAGAAUGCGAAUGGACUGGAUAGUCUACGAUUACUGUCUCCCUUUUCGCAACCCAACACACACGUCUUUGACUCCAUGAUUGAGUGUCUCGCGGACAUUACGACACUGAAGGAUCUGGAGAUUCGUCUAUCGAACAAUGAAUCCCCACCGCGCCUACACGAAAAUUUGGCAGAUGCGUUUGCUUCCAAUUGGAGCUUGGAACAGCUCUUGCUUGCGGGAGGUCGAUAUGACAACGAUCGCGAACUGUUGCCGUUUCCAGUCACCACUGCAUCCUUUGAGCGUUUGGUGGAAGGAGUCAUGCAACGAAACACGCAUCGCAAGUUACUCUUUUCAGCAGAUCUGGCACAGAAAACUACUUGGGAAUGCCUGGAGAUUCUGGAAUCCAUGUGGGAGCUGCCAGACUGCUUGUCGUUGGCAUUUUGGUUGUUCAAUGAACUACCCGAUCGUUUCUUUACGACGUCAUCAUCAUCCGUGGUAAAGUCUGUUGGCAUGAAACGCAGGCGAACAACGGAUGGCCAAAUAAUGGAGAAUCCAAAGCGACUUCAGACGGCAACCGCAAAAUCAACUCGAAAGCACCGCUUCAACCUAUAAGGAGGGAAUGAUGUUAUAUUUUGGGGCGCCAUAUCCAAGCAGAAGAGGCGCUUCAGAAUAAUUGAAGCAUCAGGUCCCUCUGUUGUUGCCGAAGGGAGAACUACCUACGGGAAACCACGCAUAUUUCAUACUGGUCCAACUAGAUGGGCUCGUUUUCAUAAUAACCUACAUUUCCACGAACU